AUGAAGAAAAAGCUCGAGGACGCCAAGGGACUGUGGCCAGAACUACUGCCAGAAGUGCUAUGGGCAUAUCGCACAAUGACAAAGACGAGCAGAGGAGAGAUGCCUUACUCAUUAGUCUAUCGGACUAAUAUAGUAAUACUAGUCAAAGUCGGAGAGCCCAGUUUGAGAUACUCCCAUGAGAGCGAGUCGAGGAAUGAUGAAAACAGAAGGCAGGACCUCGACAAAGCCGAAGAACAGAGAGAUAUGGCCUACAUAAGGAUGAUCACCCAAAAACAACAGGCAGAACGCUACUAUAACAAGAAGACCAAAGUCAGACCACUCAAAGUCGAGGACUACAUACUUAAAGCCAAAACACAAGCAAGCAAAGACCUGCGGGAGGCCCCAGGACAUGACUACCUAAGUUCGGUAUUUGACCUCGUUCAACACAAAAAACCAAGUUGUUACGACUAA